AUGACAUCCGAAGUGCCAUCUUCGUCUCUUCCGUAUAAACUCAAUCAGCAAAAUCAGGCACAGUAUCAGCACAACAUAAAGUUGCUUGAGAAAAUAGUAGAUGCGAUCAUUCUUUGUGGGAAACAAAAUAUUCCUCUCCGAGGACACAGAGAUGAUACCAUAAGUGAUUCCUCAAAUAAAGGUAAUUUCUUGGCAAUAUUACAGCUGUUGGCAAAGCAUGAUGAGCAGCUCUGGUCUCAUCUACAAAAAGCAAAAAGGAAUGCCUUAUAUACCAGAAAAACCAUUCAGAACGAGGUUAUCCAACUCAUUGGAAAUCACAUCACAGAUACUAGAGAACACCUUGCCAUCAUUAAGGAGGAAUUUCUUGACUUUGCAAAUAUAGGCAGAACUACUGGGGAAGCAAUUGCUGAUAAACUUAUUGAAAUCCUCCGCUUGCUUGCAAUUCCGAUUGAGAACAUGCGAGGGCAAGCAUACGAUGGUGGAGCAGCAAUGGCAUCGGAAAAUCGGGGGUUGGACUCUGUAAGACUAGGGUUUGCUCCAAGCAGCAACACAGAGAAAAUUGUCUCCACAAGUAAUCCAAGAGAUUAUUAUAGAUCUGUCGUGGCCAUUCCAUUUCUGGACUUUUUCCUCAGUGAAUUAAAUACGAGGUUUCAGAAAGAAGAUCUGGCGGAAUAUUCGAUAUGCUAUUUGUUGCCUGUCAAUGUGACAGAUAUUUCACACGAGGAAUUAUCCAAACUUGCCUCAGAAAUAAUAUUUUGGGGGAGCGACCUGCCUUGUCUUUCUGUAAAGGACUUGGAGAAAGAACUCAGAGAUUGGAGACGUUAUUGUGUUAACAUGAUCAAAGAAUCUUCAGACAAGCUCUGCAAUCUGCUCAAUCCUUUCAACUUUGUAGAUGGGGACGUUUUCCCGAACGUGAAAAUUCUUCUUCACAUUGGAUGUGUUUUACCUAUCACAACAUGCGAGGCCGAAAGAUCCUUUUCUGGAUUAAGACGCAUCAAGAGUUUCAUGCGCAGUACUAUGCAAGAGGACAGAUUGACUGGACUUGCACUAAUGCAUCUUCACCAUUCAUUAGAAAUUGACCAAAAGGAAAUUGUACAAUCAUUUAUCAGGCAAGGAAAACGAAGAUUAUUUCAGUCAAGUCUCUUUAGCUAA